UUUUGUCUCCCUGCUUCCAGGAUAAUUAAAAGAGAAACCUGUAAAGGCAACACUCCUGUGAGCGAAUUUGUGCUGCAACGUGCUGGUCUACAGAACUAAAGAAAGGAGUUAUCCAGCUAAGGCAGGUCCUAGAGGAAAACUGAAGACACCAGACCCGCUUCAAGAGAGAAACACGAGUACGCAUAAUCACAAGGCAGUGGCUUCACAGAGAACUCUGCCGUCUCAGAAUUUGACGAUAUAGGAGCGCCUGGUCUCAGAGAGACAACCACAGAGUUAGCGGGAAAUCUACCAAGUAACGGCACAGCCAACAAGAUGAACGGCGCUUUGGAUCACUCAGACCAACCAGACCCAGAUGCCAUUAAGAUGUUUGUCGGACAAAUCCCCCGGUCCUGGUCGGAAAAGGAGCUGAAAGAACUUUUUGAGCCUUACGGAGCCGUCUACCAGAUCAACGUCCUCCGGGACCGGAGUCAGAACCCUCCCCAGAGUAAAGGUUGUUGUUUCGUAACAUUUUAUACAAGAAAAGCUGCACUUGAGGCCCAGAAUGCACUGCACAAUAUUAAAACUUUACCUGGGAUGCAUCAUCCCAUUCAGAUGAAACCUGCCGAUAGUGAAAAGUCAAACGCCGUGGAAGACCGAAAAUUGUUCAUAGGAAUGGUUUCGAAGAAAUGUAAUGAGAAUGAUAUCAGGGUGAUGUUUUCUCCAUUUGGCCAGAUAGAAGAAUGCCGGAUUCUCCGGGGACCCGACGGGCUGAGUCGAGGCUGUGCGUUUGUCACAUUUUCUACAAGGGCAAUGGCACAGAAUGCAAUCAAAGCCAUGCAUCAGUCUCAGACCAUGGAGGGCUGCUCCUCACCCAUCGUAGUCAAGUUCGCGGACACUCAGAAGGACAAAGAGCAAAGGCGCCUCCAGCAGCAGCUGGCGCAGCAGAUGCAACAGCUCAACACUGCCACCUGGGGGAACCUGACGGGCCUGGGCGGACUCACCCCGCAGUACCUGGCGCUCCUGCAGCAGGCCACCUCCUCCAGCAACCUGGGUGCGUUCAGUGGCAUUCAGCAGAUGGCUGGCAUGAAUGCUCUGCAGCUACAGAACCUGGCGACGCUGGCAGCCGCCGCGGCCGCGGCCCAGACCUCAGCCACCACCACCAAUGCAAACCCUCUGUCCACCACGAGCAGCGCCCUGGGAGCCCUCACAAGUCCGGUGGCUGCUUCAACCCCCAACUCCAGUGCUGGUGCGGCCAUGAAUUCUCUGACCUCUCUUGGGACUCUGCAAGGGCUGGCGGGAGCCACUGUCGGACUGAAUAAUAUUAAUGCGCUAGCAGUUGCUCAAAUGCUCUCAGGUAUGGCGGCUCUGAACGGAGGACUUGGCGCCACGGGCUUGACGAAUGGCACAGCGGGCACCAUGGACGCCCUCACGCAGGCCUACUCAGGGAUCCAGCAGUACGCGGCCGCGGCGCUGCCCACUCUGUACAGCCAGAGCCUGCUGCAGCAGCAGAGCGCCGCGGGCAGCCAGAAGGAAGGUCCAGAGGGUGCAAACCUCUUUAUUUACCACCUUCCACAGGAGUUUGGAGACCAGGACAUUCUGCAGAUGUUCAUGCCUUUUGGAAAUGUUAUCUCUGCUAAAGUCUUCAUUGACAAACAGACCAAUCUGAGCAAGUGCUUUGGUUUUGUUAGCUACGACAAUCCGGUGUCUGCACAAGCUGCUAUCCAGGCUAUGAAUGGCUUUCAGAUUGGCAUGAAACGCUUGAAGGUCCAGCUGAAGCGCUCCAAAAACGACAGCAAACCUUACUGAUCCUAACCCCAGAGGCUCCCUGCUCUUAUUUUAGCUUUCUUAGGGUAAGUCCCACAAGCCAGCCUGUUCUCAACAGGAAAGGCAGAGGAGGACCACAUUGCCAACUUUUACCAAGAGAGACGGUUAUUUUUACAAUAAGGCCUCCAUGUCCCCUUCCCACUCCCCCGUCCCCGUUCGCCAUAAUUAAAACUCGGGCUACCUUGUUUCUAUUGAGUAAACUCCUCUUCCAGUUGUGCCACUGUAUUCUCCUUUGUUUUGCAAUUUGAAUCUCCUUUUACCUUUGUUUUGUUUUCGUUUUUUGUUUCUUCGGUUUUGCUUUUUUUUUUUUUUUUUUUUUUUUUUUUUUAAAGAAAAACACACAUAAAUAAAUGACAUCUUGAGAAUUUAAAAGGCAAACAAAGGCUAAUGUGCAAUUCUAACUCUGAGACCCCUGGUGCCCCAGAGCACUGCCUGGAGAAUUCACCCCUCCUUGUCCGCGCCCACCCUCGAGGAGGGCGCCAACCGUUUAGAGGUUAAGGUGGUGGCGUAGCGCAAGAGAGAAGCCAGGAGAAGCACUUAAAACAACACAAACGUCUUUCCACUACAUUUGGUUCUGUUUUAACAAGUAGGAUUUUAUUUUAGGGUUCAAAGAAACAUGACAUUUAUUGGUCAGAUUAUUACACUGGUUGUCUAUUUCGUUGUUUUAUUUUUAGUUUUUAGAAAGGAUUAAUGUAAAAAAAAAAGAUUUAGAGAUCUGUUUCUUAAAGCUACAGGGUUUAAAAAUAAAAUAAAAAUGAGUGAAAAUACUUGAUGUUUCUUGAAAGAUAAAUUUAAUAAUAAAUAAAUAAUACAUAAAUACAUAAAUAAAAAAGAAAGCCACAGGCCUGUAAAUUUUAUUUGUAAAAAAAGCAUUUCUAUUUUUGUACAAAAUUUUUACUGCCUCAGAAAUAAUGGAAGUUAUUUAUUGCCUAUUGUUAACUUAUUGGGUACCUAAAGAGCAGUUCUCUGUGCUAGCUAGAUCCUUUUGAAGUAGUCUCUAGAGGAAUCGUUCUAGGAAUGGGCUUUUUUUCACCGUUGAACCCUAGGCCUACAGUUCAUGCUUUAUCCUCUCGUUGUUCGUAUCUGUCUGAUUAUUUUGUUCGUAACUUCCAUUAUCUAGUUUACAGCUCAGUCGUCUGACUCUCCCCGUAUGUUACAUCCGUUGAAACUGGAUCCUCUCCCCUUGUCCCUUGCCAGCCCCCAUCCCAAAACACCCAGAAUCCAUCCCCUCUCCUCCUCCGGAUGGAUUCUCUUGGGGUUCCAUUGUGCUGUGGAUAAAGAUUGUAAGAAAUGCAAAUUACGCGAAUGGCUCGUAGACUCCCUAAUGACCUAAGAUUUGCAUUAGUUUUUCUCCUGCACCCUUAAGAGUGAUUUUGUUGCUGCUGCGUAGAUUCUGUGUAACUUUUUACUCUCCCUUGUUUUCUCCCUAGACAUCUUCAUGCCCGUUAGUUCACCGUUUGCCUAGCAUGUCCCUGUGGCGUCUCAAAAAAAAGUUUCAUCGUCCCGUCAUUGUUUCUGAUGUCUUUCUGACCUCACAUCACAUUUGGUUCUCCUACUGACCUUUGAUCUAGUUUGACCUUUGAAAUUUGCAUGUGACCUCAUCUAGCUAUUGAAUUCUGGGAAGUCAAUGUGAAAAACAUUGCUGCAUUCAUGCAAGACUGAAAUUUAUUAUUAGACAAAUUAAUUAUAGAAAAAACCUGUGGCAAAAACGUUUCUUUCUUAUUUUUUUUCUUUUCAUAAAACAGACUUGAAAGUAUUAUACAGGGAUUGGCAUUCUUCCCGGUCACUGGUAACAAUAGCAAUAUGUGUCCAGGGACACAGAAUGUUGGUUUCUAACAGACUACUUCCAAAAACAGUUUGAGAAAAAAACUGUCUGAUUUUAAGUCUCUAGAGGUCUGUAAUAGUUUUUACAUUUUUCAGGCAGUGUAAAGUUUUUUGAUAAGGCCAUUUUAGGUGGCUCACUUUCUCAUUAAGAUAUAUAUAUAGAACCACUUUUUGUAGAUUAGUAUAAGAAAAAUAUUUACCCUGUUUUGGGGCAAAUGCUACCUAUUUGUGUCACCUUUUGCUGAACUGACUCACAGUUAGACAAUCCAUGGUUUAAUGCACAUGAAAUUACCUAUAUUUUAUACUGUUUCAAUGUACAGGAGAAAGGUUACUGUAAACUGUGUUACGUUGGUGCUUCUGUGAAUUAAGUUGUGGCUUCAUCAUGAGUCUUACGGUCUUAAUGUUCUCUGUUGAUAAGACAAGUUUAGAAUUGGUUUACUUAAAGAAUUUCAAAAAAAAAAAAAUGUUUGCUUAAAAAAAAAUUUCAUGUGAGGGGAAAAAAAAAAAAAAAAAACCUAUUCCA